AUGCGCGCCAUCCUGACAAAGUACAACGCCUGGGUGAAGUACUAUCAGGGUACACCUGCAAAUCCGCAGGACUUGGCUCGCAUUUGCUUCCGCAGUUCUCAAGGCGCAUUAGUUCUUGCCAUGCCAAACUCCAGCAGGAGUGUUGACGAAGAUGGUGGCAACAUCAUGCAAGCAAUCUCACUCAAGGCACAUAGCGAGCGUAUUCGAGUCCUCGUGCAACUACAUCACUUCAAAAAUAAGGUUAGUCAGUGCAGCCGUCAUCGCAGUCUUAAAUCCCACCCAAGACGUGGUUUCUUGUAG